AUGAGAAUGGAAUCCGUCAGCAUUAAAAACUUUACUUCCACUUUCAACGCUAAAUCAACAAUACAGGGCGUUCGUGCUUCCGCACGCUGGUGUGGAGUUGAAAGAGAUGGAGGUGUUAUUGGAAGGGAAGGUUAUAGUAAUAAUGGUAUCGAAAAGGUUAUUACAGGAACUAGAUGUACGGCCAUUAAUAAGGAUACUGGUGCAAGGCAACGUUCUGCAGGAAAUGCUUAUGGAGGUAUAAAGAUAUUCACACAUAACCCUGGAGAGCAAAUAGAAUCUAUUUUGUUUAUUGCUACACCAUCAACUGGAGACAUCGAACUAACUGGCGAAGAGGAAGACAGUUACGGUAUAAAUCACGACGCUUUUGAAGAUGCAAAGGCUAUGCCUGCCCCUAUUUCAGACGAUGCAUCGAAAAGGGAAUUACCGUUUGUAGUAUUAUAUACACGCUAUCGGAGACGACAAUUUUGA